GAGAGAUAUAGAGAGAGAGACGAAGAAUGAAGUUGAGAUAUGGUGAAGUUAUAGGAGAGAGUAGAGGGAAGAGGAAAGCUCCGGAGGGAGACGAUAAUGGUGGACUGAAGAGAAGAUUGGUCGAGAGCAACGAAAAUAAGAACGAUCUUCAGAGAGACGAAGAUGGUAUAGUGAAGAGAAGAAUCGUUCACGGCAACGAACUGAAGAACGGGAAGAUCCUCAGAGGGAUCCAUGGCUGUGUAUCUCCUCGGUGCUCUGCUCAUACUUACCAGCCUCGCUUCUCAUGGUUUGAGCAAGAUAUAUGGACAUACAUAACAAGGUUUUUGGAUGGUAAAUCCUUGGUGAUGCUGGGAGCAACGAACAAAUGGUUCAACAAGCUCGUAAUGGAGGAUAUUGUUUGGAGGUUUGCCUGCUUGCGUGAUCUUCAGGUCCCUGAGACGUUUCCCGUUUCUUCCAGCUGGAUUAAGAUUUAUGCUUCAGCUUUUGAUGGGAGUCACUCUUACUUGUUCCGUCAGAAGGAGAAGCAUAUUGAUUGGAUGCGGAUUGGUGCCUUUCUACUUGACUCUCGAAGCUCACUCCUGACUGAGAGUUUGAGUGGUCAUCUCAAAGUCCCAAGGGAUGGAACCAUAGAACGAAUGUUACAGUCCAGUGGUUCAUGUGUCAUCAACGACAUCAAAGGUGGUAUCUGGAUUGCAGAUUUACAGCUUGUGCGUUGCCCUGUUUGUGACCUCAGUACCUGUGAUGGAACAAUGCAAACACUUGAUGCUAGGCACAUGGAACUGUUCCUCAGUGAAGGCUACAAAGAUGGAAGCUGGGAUUACAAUCUUAUUGGAUCUCAUAAGUUACAGAAAGACGCAAGUGCAGCUUGUGGAGCCAUAUUUGAUCUCAAACACCUUAAAGAGUCGUCAUCCUCAGGUAUUCUCAACCUCAAGUCUUGGACCGGAGAGCCAGAUGAUUCCCAACCUAAAGCAGUUAUCGCACCCCACGCUGUCGCUGUUCACACAAGACUGCAAGAAAACGAAGGAAUCCUUGUGAAAUACCACACAAUGAAAGCAGGAACAGACGGUGACAUUGUUUCCAUCAGAAUUUCCCAGCAGCUUCUCUGAUUCCUUCACACUGCUUUGUCUUCAAAGUCACACACAAAGCUUUAAGUAUAUCUGGUAUUCAAAUCCUUUUUUUUCUUCAGUAAAAUAAAGAUAAACAUUAAUUAGCUCAUCAUUAUAAGUUUACAACUUUACAAUUGGUUAUAAGAAAAGUAUGACAGGUUACUGAACUUCUUGUAUAAGAAACACAUACCAAUGAAUAUAAGAAGAUUUAUGUCGACCAUAUUCUAUUACUACCAAAUUAGAUAUUGAUUACUGUUCUCUGACUUUUUCUAAUUAUAUAUCUUCAAGUAGUUACAAAUUUACAAUUCCCUUUUAGUGCCGAGCCACACACAUUAAUGACUUUCUCAAAACAAUUCGUUUUCCUCGUCUUCUUCUUCCCUCCCUCACCUAGAUGCCUCAGAACCAAAACGUUGGUUGCUACAGUUCCUCAUGUGGACCUUGACGUCAGCUUCCCUUUCUGGAUAUUUCCCAACCAGUCUUCGUCCCGUGGCUAUACAAGAUUGAACCUCCGUUUCACCGAUCUUAAUGAGACAGCCUAAACUUAAAGCUUCCAAACCCUGAACCAUGUCUCGUCCGAGAAAUAAAACCGCAACGUAUUCGCCUCAACGACCCUGAUAAACUGCUUAGGCAGACGGCUCCUCAGCUUUUGAGGCUUCAGGAUCUCUCCUAUUUCACCUUCUGAACCAGACCUUCUUGAGUUGAGCUGUCCUAACGAAGACGUCAAAUCCUCCUCCUUCGAAAUCUAACCCAUUCAUUUGCCUUGGUAACUCCAUGACCUCCUUCGUCACACCUUCAGAAUCAGAUCUCGCCGGUUCCUAAAGUCUUGUCAAAUCUUCAAGAAGUACGUGAGAAACACGCGUUUUCUUAGCGAGUGAAUGUUGUAGUUUAUCAGCGUCACCUAAAAGAGGCCAAUACUAACGGGCUUUAAACUAAUAUGGGCCUGAAGUCCAUUAUCAAGUCAAAAAAUACGAAGACUAGAAUUAUCACACCCAGAUCCGGACGGAACCCACUGAUUCAGUCGCAUCCCGGUGAGAGAGAGAGAGAGAGUUUUAGGCGGUAAACGGAUCAGAAACGAAACGAGCAUCACCGUUGAGCGAUCGAUGUAAAAUGUGAUGAUUCCUUGGAAAUCAGACGAAGAAUCCCUAGAUUUUGGACGGAUUUUUUUCUUUAGUAAACUGGGUUUAGUUGAUCGGAAGUCCGUCCGCAAUCUAGGGAUUUUAUUUUUGAUGAAAAUUCAUAAGCGGUGGAUCCGAAUCGAAUCGUCAGAACCGAUUCCUACGCCGGACAGUUCAUCGAUGAUUCUUCUCAUUCCGAGAGAGCGAUGUGGUUGAAGAUUGCGUGAUCCCAGAAGCAGCUAUGAUUCUACGCCAUCCAAAAGCUUCUAGCUUCUUCUGGACUUCACAACACAGGCUUACAAGUACUAAAGAUAAUCUGCCUCUCCCUAGUCGGACCGCUCACCGCCUUGACCUUUUGUGUCGGUCU